ACGAGAGCGAUGCAUGAAGUGUUCGAGUAACAUCGAAGGAACCCUAAUUCGCUAGGCCAACUUUAAAACCCUAGCCGCCGCUCCCAGCUCCGGAGCUGUCUGUUGCCACCCCGUCCUUGGCUACCGUAGCAGUUCCUAUUGAAGAAAAAAACUUCACCGGUGGAUUUCGUCUGGGUUGUUGCGGACACUGCUUUCAUGUUGCAUGCUUUGCUUGUACUUCUAGCUUUCUAUCUGUAAAUAUGUUUACAGAAGAGUCUCUUGCCAGUUAAGGGAUACUAGUAAACUGGCCAUUCUUUUCUUAUCACUAGUUAUUCUUGUGGCUGUUGCUUUGAUAUCCUAAAUCCUAAAUUCAAUAUAGUACUCUGAGCAUUAUGCUGUGCCAUGUUCGUUGACAAAUAAUGAGGACCAUGCUGCUUUGCAAUCCUUUUAUGCACUAGUCUCUUGCACUGUUUUUACGCACCAAGGAGAAACACAACAUCUUUUGAUGCUAGCAGUAUGUUUCCACCUCAUCUGAUAUUUUUCUUCUUAGCACUGUCAUUCAAUUGCUUCCAGAAAUUCUUUAAGCUACCAUUGUUGAGUGGAUGUGGAAUUAACAUUUCUAGAGAAACAAUUAUAUGAUGGCGCAUCCUGGAUCAAUACUGAAUAUUUAAAUUUGUGGUCCACAGCUUAGCUGUGCUCUUCAUGCUGUUUUUUUGUUACAGAUUAUCAUGGAUUCUGUAGAAAGUAUCUUGUUCAGACUUUCCAUCUGAUGUCCACAUCAGACUUAUGAACCAUGAGUUGAUUGGUUCAAAUAAUUGUGUGUUUCUAUUCAGCAUUGUAGCUUUCAUAUUUCUACUCAUGAUGGUUGAUUGAAGUAUGCUGUUUUGCUUAUCCUAACAUGGGAAAUAUUCUAAUUGUUAAGAUACAGUACCUAAAUGAUGUUCUUACUUGUAUGAUUAUAUUGUGGUCCUGUCAAAUCACAGUGAGAAACUUAUUUUCAUUAAAUGAGUCACUUAGCUGUGUAAAGUAAAUGUUGUUUCCUUCAGGAGCACAGAAUUGCUACACGUUUGGCAUUUUUUUCUGUCAGUUUCUCUUGGUUACUCUCCAAACUAGUUUAUAAGGCUUAGUUUGACAUGGCAUGAUCUACCAGGUUACCAUUUGGACAUUCUUUUCUUUAAAAUAUAUUGUUUAUAAUAUGAACGCGUGGUUGAAGGGCAGGUCUAGUGCAAUGGUGAAAUCUUUCUCAUUGAGUCGGGUCUGAAACAGUUUAUAUUUGUGGGCAAGGCUUGCCUUCGUUUAUUCAUUUAUGGCCUGUUCAUUUUCGUCACAAUCCAUAUGGAUUGGAGGGGAUUGGUUGGGUUUAAAUCCAUAGCGAGUUAAAAUUACUAAAAUUUUUCAAUCCCAUCCAACCCAUGUGUCAUAGGAAUAACCGAAUAAGGCCUUACCAGUCCCCACAACCGAACAAGGCCUUACCAGUCCCCACUCGUAUUGGAGCCUUUCACACUGUUCGUCAUUUUUUCCCCAUAAACUUAACUUACGGUUAUUGGAUACUUCAUUGGAUUAGAAAUCCAAACAUAUCUAAUUUAUACUAUAACGGUUAAAAAAAUGCCAGCCAAAUUACUAUUUAAAAUUUGUAAAGAUUGAAUCUUGAUGCGUGUGCUUGCCUUAUAAAUUGGUCUCGAUGGAAUGCUGAUUUUCUCAUGGUAUGACUUACAUUUGUUUGCAGUAUCUCAUGACCACCGAACCUCAAGGAUCACAUCAACAUGGUUCAAAACGUGAUUUGCCUUCAUGCCGAAAAAAUGUGCCCGGCACAUCAUUUGUCUCAGAUUUGAGAGAUCACAUCCACGAGUUCAUCAACGCCUCUUCUGAUGAACACAUGACAUGCUUCACAAAGACUAUCAAGAAGAUGUUCGGGAUGUCAAUGACUGUCGCACAUAAAUCCUCGAAAGCAGAGGAAGCUGGGCCCGCAUGACUGCAUCUCACCAUUUCAUAUUUGACUAGGUAGCAGCCAGUAAACAUAUCUUGUGUAGAUAACACUUUGUCCACACUUUUGACUGAUAAGAUUAUGUACACUUUUGACUGAUAAGAUUAUGUACAGUUACAUGGGCCAUGUAUGUAAUAAUUUUACUGUCCAAAUACCAAACUAUAAAAGGAGAGGCACAAGUCUCACACAAUUUGUGUGCAAAAACAAAGAUAAAAUCCCACAAGAGAUUCUCUCCUGUAGCAGGAUCAUUGUGUUUUUUCA